AUGGUUCCAGGCAACUAUACACAAAAUCCAGAAUUUUUUCUUCAGGGAUUAUCAAAGGAACCAGAGUUGCAGCCCCUCAUAUUUGGACUUUUCCUCUCCAUGUACCUCAUCACUGUGUUUGGAAACCUGCUCAUCAUCCUGGCUGCCAGUUCAGACUCUCACCUCCACACACCCAUGUACUUUUUUCUCUCAAAUCUCUCCUUUGUAGAUAUCUGUUUCACCACCACAACAAUCCUAAAGAUGCUAAUAAAUAUACACACCCAGAGCAAAGUUAUAUCCUAUGAAGGCUGCAUCAGCCAGAUGUAUUUUUACAUACUCUUUGCAGUGUUGGAUGAUUUUAUUCUGAGUGUAAUGGCUUAUGAUCGCUUCUUAGCCAUCUGCCACCCCCUACACUACACAGUCAUCAUGAACCCCCGGCUCUGUGGACUGCUGGUUCUGGUGUCCUGGAUCAUCAGUGCCCUCCAUUCCUUGUUAGAAAGCUUACUGGUGCUUCGACUGUCUUUCUGUACAGACUUGGAAAUCCCUCACUUUUUCUGUGAAAUCAAACAGAUUGUUAAUCUUGCUUGUGACACUUUUCUUAAUGAUACAAUUAUGUAUUUUACAGCCCUACUGAUUGGUGGUGGUCCUCUGGCUGGUAUCCUUUACUCUUACUCUAAGAUCGUUUCAUCUAUACAUGGAAUGACAUCAGCUGGAGGGAAGUAUAAAGCACUUUCCACCUGUGCGUCUCACCUCUCGGUUGUUUCCCUAUAUUACUGUUCAAGUCUAGGAGUCUAUCUCAGCUCUGCUCCUACCCACAGCUCCCCCCUAAGUACAACAGCCUCAGUGAUGUACACAGUGGUAACACCCAUGCUGAAUCCCUUUAUCUAUAGUCUCAGGAACAAAGACAUAAAGAGGGCUCUGAAAAAAGUCAUUCAGAUGGCAGUUAUAAAAGGCAAGUUACAUAAAAAAGAAUGA